AUGGGAGUCUUCCGCAAUCUGUUCGCCUCUGGUCAAGGCUCAGCAUCCGAUCGCGGUCAGUACGAACUUGUCGACAACAUGGCCGAACGUGAGAGCGUCGUUGCGCAGUUCCACGCCACUGAGGUCGAGCCACGGGCAUCUAUCGCCGGAUAUUCCGUGCGAGACAUAGCUGGUGGCGAGGAGCCCCGGGAUAUCAUGACCAAGAGCGAAGCUGCCUACGAUGCCAACAGUAUGAGUUCAGUCGGUGCCAGUGAGCCUACGGAGGAGGAGAAGAGGACCUUGCGAAGAGUUGCCGACAACUUGCCUUGGUCGACCUUCCUGGUUGCAGUGGUAGAAUUGUGCGAACGUUUCACGUACAACGGGCUCUCAGGUCCCCUCCAGAACUACAUCAGUAACAGCUAUCACGAUCCCAAUGGACUGCCCGGCGCGAUUGGCCUCAAUCAAAGUGGAGCCACGGGAUUGACCAACUUCUUCCAGUUCUGGUGCUAUGUUACACCUGUAGCGGGUGCCAUUGUUGCAGAUCAAUAUCUUGGGAAGUACUGGACGAUUUUCUGGUCGGCCAUCAUCUACACAAUCGGCAUUCUCAUCCUCUUCCUCACUUCCUUGCCGGUUUCCAUCGAAAAUGGUGCAGCACUAGGUGGCUUGGUCGUUGCCAUGGUCAUCAUUGGUACUGGCACUGGCGGCAUCAAGAGUAAUGUUAGCCCAAUGAUCGCAGAGCAAUAUCGGUCGACGAAGCCUUUCAUACGAACGUUGAAGUCGGGCGAACGAGUCAUCGUGGACCCUGCCGUAACGAUCCAGAGAAUCUACAUGAUUUUCUAUCUUUGCAUCAACGUGGGAUCGCUUUCCUCCAUCGCCACUACCGAAAUGGAAUUGCACACAGGGUUCUGGACAGCAUAUCUACUCUGUCUGUGCAUGUUCUUCGUUGGACUAGCUGUGCUCGUCGCUGGCAAGAAGAAGUAUGUCAUGCGACCUCCAAAGGGAUCGGUCAUCCCGCAUGCAUUGAAGGUCUGCUGGAUCGGCCUAAAGAACAAGAGCCUCGACGCCGCCAAGCCAGAGUACCUCGAGGAAACCACCGGCCGACAGGGUAGAAGUAUGCCGUGGGAUGGCUUGUUCGUUGAGGAAGUACGCCGCGCUCUCGUUGCGUGCAAAGUGUUCCUGUUUUAUCCAAUCUACUGGGUCGUCUAUGGACAGAUGAUCAACAACUUCAUCUCUCAGGCGGGGCAGAUGCAACUUCAUGGAAUUCCAAACGAUAUAAUGCAAAACGUAGAUCCGAUCACAAUCAUCAUCUUCAUUCUGAUCUGCGACCGCAUCUUCUACCCUGCUCUCCGCAAGGUCGGCAUCUCGUUCAAGCCAAUUACAAGGAUUACCUGGGGCUUCUUCCUCGGUGCAGCCUCAAUGGCGUACGCUGCGGGCGUGCAGAAGCUGAUCUAUGAGUCUGGACCCUGUUACGAUGCUCCUGGCGCUUGCGACGCUGCGAAGCGACCAGAUGGAACGUUCGGACCCAACAACGUGCAUGUCGCCGUUCAGACCCCUGCUUAUCUCCUGAUCGGCUUGUCUGAGAUCUUUGCUAGCAUCACAGGAUUGGAAUAUGCAUUUACGAAGGCACCGCCUAGCAUGAAGUCUUUCAUCAUGAGCAUUUUCUUACUUACGAAUGCUUUCGGCGCCGCUUUAGGAGCCGCUUUGUCGCCAACUGCAGUGGACCCCAAGCUUCUCUGGAUGUACACUGGGCUCGCAGCUUCUUGCUUCGUGGCCGGCUGCCUCUUCUGGAUGUUCUACAGGAAACUGAACUACACUGAGGAUGCGAUGAAUGAACUUGAGCAGUACGGCGAGAAAGCAGUGCCCGUCGAUGAUGUUACGAAAGCGGGAAGACACAGCGUCGAUAACGUAUGA